AAGAAGGCCUCUAUGAAUUAUUUCAUAUCCAAUGGACCAACCGAUGUGUCAAAAAAUAACAGAAAAGUAAGAUGUCCGCGGUGCUUAGCGUGUUUACUGCGAAAUAUUUAUAUAAUACAUGAUCGUAUUUAUGUGAAAAAGAUAAAUAAAAUGCGUUUGUUCCGAAUUUGGUCGAGAGUGUGUCGCCCUAAUGGCUGCGCCCUUUAACUGGUACAGUCAACAGCAAGCCGAGGGCAGUGGCUUAUGCUGUGAAGUGACGACCGAAUGCAAUGGGAACGAGAACACAUCAAAACACAUCGCUGUCACGGUGCCCCUUUGCAUCCUGGCAGAUGUUCAACUCCGUUUCUUAUGUCCCGAGGAUUUGGAGGAGGUCCGAACUUUGUGUGAAGAUUGGUUUCCCAUAGAUUACCCAUACACAUGGUACGAGGAGAUAACCAGUUCGUCACGAUUUUACGCGCUGGCAGCGGUGUACGGAGGAGUAAUAAUAGGAUUGAUAGUAGCGGAGAUAAAACCAUAUUGGAAAGUGAACAAAGAAGACCGUGGUAUUUUGUGCUCUAGUCUCGACGACGAAUCGCUUGUCGGAUAUAUAUUAAGUUUAGGAGUAAGACGCGCCUAUAGACGAAAUGGCAUAGCUUCGCUCCUUUUGGAGCAAUUGUUGGCACAUGUUACUGCACCGGAGCGCUCGACAGUUAAAGCAGUGUUUUUACAUGUGUUGUCAAGUAACGCACCAGCAAUACUCUUCUAUCAAAGAUGCCAUUUUCGGCUUCACAGUUUUCUGCCUUAUUACUACUCUAUCCACGGCAAGUGUAAGGACGGCUUUACUUACGUUCUGUACGUAAACGGAGGCCACGCUCCAUGGGGAUUAUGGGACUGGAUGCGCCAUGUGGCUGGAUCCAUUGUAAGUCUCGGACCCUGCAGAGUGCCGCACUGGAUAUGGCAGAGAUUGCUCUGGGCGGCGACUCUUCUUUCGUACCAUAGAUGAUACCAGCUUGUUUAAACCGUGACCAUAGUAUUUGUAUUCAGCCUCGUCCCUGGUGAAAAAAAUUCUCAGAAAUUUCUCAGAGUAAUAUAUCCUGUUUUCGAGAAAUUUGGAGAAAAAUAUUCUGUACCCUAUAUAUUUCUGGAAA